AUGGUGGUCGAACAAAUGCAGCUGAAGGGCACCCUUGAGGGCCACAAUGGAUGGGUCACUCAGAUCGCUACGUUCACUCGCAACGACAAGAACACCGUAAUUUCAUCAUCUAGAGAUCGCACAAUCAUCCUUUGGGACGUAGACAACUUUGUCAUCGAUAUCGACGCUAUUGGUCGUCCUGUUAAAGCGCUGACGGGACACAAUCAUUUCGUCUCUGACGUCGCUAUCUCCUCGGAUGGCCAGUUCGCCCUUUCCGGCUCGUGGGACAAAACUCUUCGUCUGUGGGAUCUCACAACUGGUCAAUCUACUCGCCAGUUUUCUUCCCAUACGAAAGAUGUACUUUCCGUUGCAUUUUCUGGUGAUAACCGCCAAAUCGUGUCCGGUUCGAGGGAUCGCACCAUCAAACUGUGGAACACCCUAGCUCAGUGCAAAUAUACCAUUACAGAGGAUUGUCACACUGACUGGGUGUCCACUGUCAGGUUCUCGCCAUCACUUCGUGAUCCUGUGAUUGUUUCAGCUGGUUGGGAUAAGAUCGUAAAGGUGUGGAAUCUUGGAAACUGUCGCCUGAAGACCAAUCACAUAGGACAUACCGGUUAUGUUAGUACUGUGACAGUUUCCCCUGAUGGAUCACUAUGUGCGUCCGGUGGCAAGGACGGACAGGCUAUGCUGUGGGAUCUGAACGAGGGCAAGCACCUAUAUACUCUCAAUGGUAAUGAUGUUAUCCACGCUAUGGCCUUCUCACCAAACCGAUACUGGCUUUGUGCUGCCGUUGGUCCGGUCAUCAAGAUUUGGGAUCUGGAAGACAAGCGUGAAAUUGAAGAACUGAAGCCCGAGAUCACAGGAAAGAGCACGACCGCUCCACAGUGUGUCUCACUGGCUUGGUCUCAAGAUGGGCAGACUCUUUAUGCUGGAUACACCGAUAAUGUGAUACGUGUGUGGCAGGUGUCCGUGCGUACAAGCUGA